UUGGGAAAGUGCCCACGCAGUGCAGGGGUUUGCUCUGUUCCCAGGUGCCGGCCAUGGGGCGGGAGGUUUGCGUCCCUGGGCCCCUGCUCCUGCUGUUCGUCGCCUUGUGUGUCUGUGCCCGAGGCCUUGGCCCAGAGCCUGACCAGCCUUUCCUGCCGCCGCCGGGAUGGGUGUCCCUCGGCCGCGUGGGUCCUAACGAAUCACUGAGUCUGACCUUCGCUCUGAGACAGCAGAACCUGCAGCAACUGCAGAAGCUGGUGCAGGAUGUGUCCGACCCCGGAUCCCCCCGAUACGGGAAGUACCUGUUGCUAGAAGAUGUAGCUGCACUGGUGCGACCAUCAACACUCACUCUUAGCACUGUACACAAAUGGCUUGUAGCAGCUGGAGUCCAAGAUUGCCAGACAGUGAUCACAGAGGACUUCCUGACCUGCCAGAUGACUGUCCAGCAAGCAGAGCAGCUCCUUCCUGGGGCAGAGUUCCACCGCUUUGUUGGGAGACUGGGGGGAGGCUGUGUUGUGAGGUCCCCACGUCCAUACAGCCUCCCUGGGGUCCUGGCUGCCCAUGUGGAUUUUGUGGGUGGACUACACAGGUUCCCUCGAGCAUCUUCCCUACAGCAACGGCCAGGGCCAAGGCUGGAGCUAGAAGACUCCCUAGGCCUGCACCUGGGAGUGACCCCGGCUGUGAUUCGUGAGAGAUACAACCUGACUGCACAAGAUGUGGGCUCUGGGUCUGCCAACAAUAGCCAGGCCUGUGCCCAGUUCCUGGAGCAAUACUUUCAUGAUGCUGACCUGGAAGAAUUUAUGAAACUCUUUGGGAAGAGCUUCCCUCACAAAGAUUCUGUCAGUCGAGUAGUUGGGCAGCAGGGGCAUGGCCGAGCUGGACUGGAAGCCAGCCUAGAUGUGCAGUACCUCAUGAGUGCUGGAGCCAACAUCUCCACCUGGGUCUACAGCAGCCCCGGCCGGCAUGAGUCCCAGGAGCCUUUCUUGCAGUGGCUCCUCCUGCUCAGUAAUGAGUCUUCAUUGCCUUUGGUACACACCGUGAGCUAUGGGGACGACGAAGACUCACUCAGUACCACCUACCUUCACCGUGUCAAUGCUGAAUUCAUGAAGGCUGCUGCCCGAGGCCUCACCCUGCUCUUUGCCUCUGGGGACAGUGGUGCCGGAUGUUUCUCAGGCUCAAAGGGCCACUUGUUCCGUCCCAGCUUCCCAGCCUCCAGCCCAUAUGUUACAACAGUGGGUGGGACCUCCUUCCGGAAUCCCUUUCUGGUUACAGAAGAGAUUGUCGACUACAUCAGUGGUGGUGGCUUCAGUAACAUCUUCCCAAGGCCUCAGUACCAGGAUGAAGCUGUGUCCCACUUUUUGGGCUCUUCCACCCACCUUCCUCCAUCCCGUUACUACAAUGCAAGUGGACGGGCCUAUCCUGAUGUGGCGGCACUCUCUGAUGGCUAUUGGGUGGUUAGCAACCAUGUGCCCAUCCCCUGGGUAUCUGGCACUUCGGCAUCAACCCCUGUGUUUGGGGGGCUCCUGUCCUUAGUGAAUGAGCAGCGACUCCUGAAUGGCCGUCCCCCUCUUGGUUUCCUCAACCCACGACUCUACUCAAUACAGGGCCGUGGCCUAUUUGAUGUGACUCAGGGCUGCCAUGAGGCUUGCCUAGAUGAGGAAGUACAGGGUCAAGGGUUCUGUUCCAAGUCCGGCUGGGACCCAGUCACAGGUUGGGGAACUCCAAAUUAUCCUGCCCUGUUGAAAGCACUGCUAGACCCUUGAGACUUGAUCUUACCCUGUUCUGGAAAGAUGACACCCGGAUCCCACCCUGCUGCAAGUACUAUUUGAUCCUUGCCCUCAUUCACAAUCUCUUAUCCUUGCUGUGGGCACUAAAUUGACUCCUGCAUCAAUUAAUCCUACAACUUCCAUAGAUACUGAUCAACAUCACUAUCCCUUCACCCAGUAUUUGUAGAGCUUACUUCUUCCCCCUAAUUCUUCCUGUUUCUUCAGUUUUCCCUGCCAGAGUGUUGAAGCCAAACCUGCUCCAGGCAGUCAGAGCAGUAUAGAUGUCCUCAUUUGUUCAUGAGUGUUCCCCUUCCCACAUGUGCACUUAUAUUCUGUCCAGUACUGUCUGUAUUUGCACACAAAUAAAGCCUGUGCUCUUUUGUUUUCUA